AUGAACACUUUUGCUGAAUUAACAUUCAAUAUUGUUACUCUCGGAGCUAAGCCCGAUGAAAAGACCGAUGCUUCGCCUGUGCUUCAAACGGCAUGGGCUAAGGCCUGUGACUCAUCUGAACCGGCCACUAUUUACGUUCCCGAGGGUAUAUUCUUCGUUUUAAGUGUGAGAUUUAAUGGACCUUGUAAGAACAAUGCUAUUACUAUUCUCAUUGAUGGAACUCUUGUGGCUUCCUCGGACAUUCAAGUUUUAGCUAAUUCUAGUUCUUGGAUUUUGUUUAAUCACAUAAAUGGACUUUCCAUUACUGGCGGUAUUAUUGAUGGGCAAGGAACUGCCUUAUGGAAUUGUAAACGCUCAGGGAAGAGUUGCCCCAUUGGAGCUAGGAGUUUUCAAAUAAAUGAUGGAAAGAAUGUGAACAUCAAUGGAUUAUCUUCAAUUAACAGCCAAUUGUCCGGUAUUGUAAUGAAUCGGUGCCAAAACGUGCAUAUGACAAGAGUGAAUGUCUUGGCUGCAGGCGAUAGUCCAAACACUAAUGGCAUCCAUGUGCAAAUAUCAGAUGUGACCAUCCUCAACUCGAACAUUGGAAACGGUGACGACUGCAUUUCCAUCAGUCCAGAGACAUCCAACAUGUGGAUCGAAAGUAUUACACGUGGACCUAGACAUGGAAUCAGCAUUGGGAGCUUAGGGAUAGAGGUUGAGGAGGAUGGAGUACAUAACAUUACAGUGAAAUCAUCUACAUUCACGGGGACUCAAAAUGGAGUAAGGAUUAAGUCUUGGGGAAGACCAAGCAAUGGAUUCGCUACAAACGUUUAUUUUCAACACAUUAUUAUGGAUAAUGUGAAAAACCCAAUCAUAAUUGAUCAAAAUUAUUGUCCACCCUUCAAAGAAUGUCCUAUUAAAGUUAGCGAAGUAACAUACCAAGACAUCAAGGGAACUUCGGCCACUGAAAUAGCAAUCAAUUUUGAUUGUAGUCCAACAAAUCAUUGCACUGGAUUAAGCUUGAUAGACAUAAAUCUAACUUACGAGAAUCACAUCGCUAAAGCUUCAUGUAAAAAUGCUGAAGGAACUACCUCUAGUGUGGUUGAACCUUCUAGUUGUUUAGCAUGGACAAACUUUUAUCCAUAUACUAUAGAUCCUCUAGGUUAUUCUUAA